AUGGGCGCGAAGAAGCUGUCCAUGGGCUGGUGGAAGGUGACGGACGACUCCGACCGGGCGAACGGCGACGCGCUAUCGAAGCUGUUUCUCGACGAAGACCCGUGGAAAUGCGACGCGAGCGACGCGAUCGGCGAUUGCCCUGUGCGACGAGCCGACGCGGUCUUCGUGGCCGCGGGCUCUGUGUCGCAGCGCGUGCACGCGGUGUGCGCAGCGUACGCGCUGACGGCCGUGACCAACAUGCCCACGCUCGCCCUCUGGUCCGCCGACCGCCACCUGCCCGCCACCACCUUCCGCCACCUCUUCCGGCUCGCGCACGACCCCGCGUCAUCCCGCGCGCGCGGCGAGAGCGGUCGCGAGGGGAGCGUGUGGGUGCAGGACACGCCCGCCGAAGCGGGCAUGCUGAGGCGCGCGCUCAAGGGCCGCCGACGGGUGGCGUUCAAGCCGUGCAAGAACUCGACGGACGGCAAGCCCGCGCCGUCCGCCAGCGGCCUGCCGUUCAAGGUCUUCCUGUCGCCGGCCGUGCGGGAGAAAUCCACCGGCCCUUUGCGCGUGAACGCGUGCGCGUUCGAGCGCGAGGUGGACACGUGUCUGGCCGCGAUUCGGCCGUCGGCCGCCGUGGCGGCGAUGGUGGUGGAGGAGGACCUGGCGCGCGUGGCGGCGUCCAGCGCCGUGCUGGUUGACGUGAGUGUGGAGAGGGGUGGAGUGCACUUCACAGUGGGAGGCCUCAACACGUCGGACAUCACGGUGCUGAGCAGCUACUUCAGCCAUCUCAGAACCCCGCUCGUGCUCAAAAGCACCCAGCAGCGCAAUGCAUCAUGCCGUGUGGGGGGAGUGGAGGGGAGGGAAGAGGGGGAGGGCGAAAGGAGGGAGUUGGUGGAGAGUGGGGAGGAGGGGCGGGUGGUAGGGGGAGUGAAUGGGAGCGUGGUGGCGGGGGGCGGGGGUGUGGGGGGGGGAGGUGCAGGGCUGGUGUUGCAACGCGGGGCGGAUCGAGCGCUUGCGGCGCAAGUGACGCAGUGCAGCCAGCUGCAGGUAGCAGAGCUCUUCACCCUCAGCUUCGCCCGGGGGCUGCUGGCAGUCAACCAGUCCUCCAUAGAAGCGCGCUUCGUUACAGCGCAAGGCCGCGCGCGGUCGGCGUCGUUUGGAGUGCACCGGUCGGUGUGUGAGUCGGUGGAGCUGCGGCCAAUCACGAAGCAGAAGUGGGCCAUGUUCACCCAGGUGGAAGAAAAACUGAAGCUCAUGGUGUGCACGAUGCCCAAGGUGGCGGCAAACUCGUGGCUCAUGUGGCUGCGCGCCAUGCUGGGGCAGCCGCACCCAGAGGACCCCAUCCUCGCGCUGGACCCGCGGCGAGCGGGCUGGCACAUGCUCACGCUGCACUUCACGGAGCAGCAGGCGGUGCAGCAGGUGACCCGCCCGGACUACUUCAAGUUCACCUUCGUGCGCAACCCCUUCUCGCGGGUGCUCUCCGCCUACUCCAACAAGCUCGUCAUCACGGACACGCCGAAUAACAAGACCGGCCCGGGGUCCCGCGAGUAUUGGAACGAGCAAUUCUUCAAGUACAUUCGGCCGCAGUGGGAGAGGGUGAAGGGGAGGGACGACCUGGUGUCGUUCCCUGACUUUGUCAAGCUCGUCGCGAAGCUCAUGCACAACCACCGCUGGCGCAUGGACCGCCACAUUGCAUCCCAGUCGGACAUUUGCUUCAUGGACAAGAUCAAGUACGACUUUGUGGGGCGGUUUGAGAAUCUGGAGGAGGAUGCCAAGUAUGUGGUGAACCGAUUUGGAGGCGACCAUCUCGACAUCUUCAACUUCGGCGUCAACGCGCACCAGACCCGCGCCGACACCAAGCUUGCGAAAAAAUAUGACAAGGAAACAUACGAGCUGGUGAAGCGAGUGUUCGCGCGCGACCUACACAUCCCUCUCAACAACAUCACUCAACAAGCGCCCUCUGUUCUUGUGGACAUGUUUGAGACAAAAUAA